CUACCCAAAGUUCUCAUGCUGUCCGGUGUUCGGAUCAAGACAGAAGAACAACUACGGACAACAGUACACAAUUAUGUUAGUGCAAUAGAUCCCCGGGCCGUCGUUGAAUGGAUCUAUCCGUUGAGAGAUACAUUGAAGCUGCUCAAUUUGGGGCACAAAAGGUUGAAACUCGAACGCUAUUUGGACUUCUCAAAGCAAGAAGCAGAGCGCACCGGUAUUCCACCCGUUUACAAACGCAACUGUGUUGUUAGUUUGGACGCUAUUUCCGUCUAUUCAUCCAACCUAGCUGUCGUCGAAUCAUCAAUCGAAGCUGAAAUUGCCAACCUGGGUCUUGACAGUUCCAGUAGGACUGCGCUUCUGGAGACACACUCCAUCAAAUCCCCUCACACUGGAGUCGUGUUUGUCGGCUUCGCUACUGUUCAAGAUGCAAUCCGCGUUGCAAAAGGAUUUUCAACCCACUUACACGACGUGGUUCCAGUUGAAUAUAGCAUUCACGCUGAAAUUCGUGAUCAGUCUAAUUGCUGGCCCCAAAUUUUCCUCAGCCGUUUCCACCCCAGACAGUACGUUCAAAUGCCGUUCCGACGAGUUAGGCUUGCUCCAUGGCCCUCCGAUAUUUUGUGGCGAAAUUUAAUGGCCACUCGGCGACGUUCUCAUUGUUGGCCGCUAGGACGUGUCGUCCAGUCUGUAAUCAUCUUCCUCUGCUGCCUCAUUCUUUCGUCCCCGUCAUAUCUUCUGGUAGCAAUGAAUCGAUACAACCUACUUGACUGGUUGGGCCCUAAAAUGAGCGUCUUCUGCUACCAGUGGCUCCCGUCUCUCAUUCUAGUGGUUGCAUCAGCCUCAGUGAAGAAACUAGUGGUCGUCAGCGAAUCAUGGAACGCACAUGAAACAUAUGGGAAUCAGGAGAAAGCUGGCCAAAGAAACUUAUUCGCUUUUUUGGUGAUCACUGUGCUUAUGUUUCCCUCUCUUGGUGUCAGCGGUCUCCCAGCGUUAUUUCGGUGGUGGAACGAUUCGCAGGAAGAAGUGAAGCGCCUCCGAUUGGAAUGUACCUUCAACCCCGACAGCUCAGCGUUGUUCAUCAAUUAUGUGAUCACACGUACUGCAAUGUACUCUGCUAUGACUCUAUUCCAAACAACCAGGUGGAUCAUCUUCUCCCUACGGUGCCUGAGAGCCCGCUCAUCCGCUGAACUCAGCUACUUUGCUCGAAAAUUUACAUCGCCAUUCCCCUACCGCCAGCGGUAUGCGUACAUGUCUCUGCUCCUGAGCAUUGUGAUUGCAUACGCUCCUGUUGCACCCAUCAUACUUUUGUUCGGAUUACUCUAUUUUGGUUGCGAGUACUUCGUGUGCAAGUACGUCAUGGUGAACCUGUAUUACGCUCCAACGACGUAUGACUCAUUGCGGAACAACGACCCAUCGGAGGCGUUCCCCGAUCGCAUAUAUCAUGUGUCGUGGUUCAUCCAAUGCACUCGCGCUGGUCUCACCGGGAUUUGCUUGGCCUGCCUGAACCUGGUCGUGUUCUUCGGUCUUCGGGUGAAAGUCGCACAGAACAAGACGGUCAGCUACAUCCUUUUCACUUUGCUUAUUACUUCGAUUAUCGUUUGCAUCCUGCUUCCUUGGAUUCCAGAUUAUAGUUGUGACUGGCUUUACCUCCUCUGCUCGAGCAGAAAGGAUGCAUCGGUCCUUCAGUCCCAGUAUCCCCAUUCACUGGCUGCACAGGAAUUACUCACCCCAUCAGAUGAUGAGCACCCUCAAUGUCAACAUGAAUACAUUGCGCCCUUUUUACGCGACCUGGUGAAUCCGUCUGUGACCUGAAGCGGAUAGCCUAUUUGACCCCCAUGUCCUUUGGAAUUGGAAGGUUUCUCUCUUCGCACAGGCAUCAAACAACGACUUUCCUCAACAAACAUAAAAGGAUUCAUAGUUCAACAAUAUUUGGCGGAACUUAAGUCUUAAUCAUACCACGGUCAGAUUAUCAGCUACAAUUAAUAUCUAAGCUUGUGAAUAUUAGUAUCCGUUCGACCUUUGUCUCAGUUCUUUGUACUCGCUACCGCUUCCUGUGAGAAUAUGAAUCCCAUUGGUCUACC